GACAUACUCACGCUAUCUGUUGGGAACUUUAUUACUUAAUCUGCAAGUAACAUAAUGUUUGAUGUAACUGAUUUAAAUUAAUGUUUUACUUGUUUUUUAUAUGAUAAGGAAUAGUCUGUACUUAAAAAAUUCAGUUCAUGACUAUGAGUUCGGGAAAUCAUUUACCAAAUCUUGAUAAAAUUUUUCGAGAUGAAGAUGAGCCAGAUUUUCUACCUUCCGGAGGAUCCAACUUAGCUGCUAUUUUUGGGUUGCAAGUUAAGUCAUCAGAUAAUCAGUCUUUAUUGAAGCAACAGAUCUCCAAAAAACCAAGCAGUUUACGUGACAUACAACAAACAGUUCCAAACAAAACAGAGGUCAUAAUUGCAAAAGCAGUACAUGCAUUUAAAUUACAAAAUGGAGCUUAUGUAUCAGUCGGUAAGCUUGGUAUGGCUCUCACAGGAAAUAUUACAACGAAAGUAUAUCAGAUUAUCUUAUACAAAACCAAACAAGAUCAUAUAUCCACCACUACAGUUACAGACAAUUUUUUAUACUUAGUACAACCAAAUAAUUAUUCAAGUUAUUAUGAUAAUGAUAAGGAAAACUGGUCAAUUUUGUUUGAAAAUAAUGAUACUUGUUUAGAAUUUGCCAAAGAAGUUGGAUUGGCUCGAUAUUUCUCAACAGAUGGAGAAAUCGAGAAUGUAUUUUAUCAGGAUUUAUCUCCCAUGAACAAAGAAGUAAUAGCGAAAGAAGGAGAUAAUCUAACUAUUAAAUAUUUCAUUGCUUCAGAAAUAGUACAACCAUUUAAAUGCAAUUGUACAGCAUUACAAACAAUGACAGUAGAAAUAUCUACAGAUGACAAUUGGGAAAAAACACUUUUAGGAAGUAAUAAAGGACUAAAGAGAAUUUUAUUUUUGCCACCGAGUAAACAGAUCAGUUUGGGUCCUGGCUUUCCUAAAGAAAAAGAUGUUAUGCUAGAAAUAGAAAUAACAGAUAUACAAUCAAAAAAGGAGGUUACUCAGUUACAUAAUGUUACAAGUAAUAAAGCAUCUAUCAUAUCAAGGAUGGCCAAAAUGGGUCAGUCUAUGUUACCAAAAAUACCAGUAUCUCAUCCUACUGAUUCUGAAGACACAGAGGAUGAUAUACCAUAUAAAUCGUCAUGUCAUGGAAUGGUGGAAUCAGCAAAAGAAGGACUCGAAAAGAAGCAGUCCUCCAAAGAAAGUGUACAAGAAACAAGGAAUAUACAUAAAGGAUUGAAAUCAAAAGGUGACGUACCUAGUACGAAUGGUGCCUGUAAACCUUUAGUUCCUUCGUCUUCAUUUAAUCAGUGGCCUUCUACACAAAUUCAGCCCAACUUUGUUACUCUGGAUGGUCAAGUAUAUUCAUUACAACGACAAAAUGUAACUCCAACAAUAUCAUCAGUGAUAGAUCCAGGAUUAAAUAUGAUACUAUCAGAAACUAGAAUGACAAAUACAGAACUUCGAAUGGGAAUGUCGAAAAUAGCAGAUAAUGUGCAAAAGUUGCUCGAUAAGUUCCAUGUUCUUGAACUUCAAAAUGCUACAUCUCCUAUAAAAGAUCAAACAGCAUUAGAUGCCACUUUAAAAAUGUUUCUGACCAUGAAUGCACAUCAAAGUGGAGAGAAGAAAGACAAUUAUUUGCAAAAAAGUUCUGAUGUAACAGUUACUAAAACUUCUACAGAUCUCGAUGAAAUGAGGAGCAAAAUUAGUGUGCUAAAAGAAAAAUUAGAAGAAUCCAAAGAAGUAUUAACUACGAAAACAGAAUGCAUUAAAAAGCUGGAAAGUCAAAAAGAAUCGUUAAUACAAACUAAUGAAAAUUUAAAUAAAAAGAUUCAAGAAUUAGAAGUUUCUUUAAAAGAAACAAAUCAUGUUGUUGACAAAACCAGGAGAGAUUUAGAGGAAAUUCUAAAGGAACUUAAUAGUAAAUAUAUAGAAGAAAAAACUGUAUUAGAAAACAAAAUUUCUAAGCUUGUUGAACAAUGUGAUUCUUUAACAUCUACAAAAUUUAUGGCAAUACAGGAUAAUAAUAACAAAAACAGAGAUGUUAAAAACAUAAUGAACAAAAUUUAUCAUACUUUGAUGGAGAAAUUUGUUGACGAAGUAUAUCCUACAUCUUAUAUAAAAUUAACAAUUGCGAGUACAAUAAAGAAUGCUACGUUACAAAUUCUAUAUAAUUCUGACAAAGGAAGUAAUAAAGAAGUUGAAUCAAUGCCUGUGAAAGUUACAGAAACUGACACUUUGAAAAUUACCAAUACAGAAGCAGAGGACUGCGUCUUAAGUGCUUGUCCAACCCAAUUAUCAAAGCAGUCUUAUGUUACAGAAAAUACUAAUAUGCCAUCUACAUUAAUACAAGACGAACCACCACCCAUUUCUUGUACGGAUGACGAUUGGCCAGAUUGAUAUUUCUAUUUUAUAUUUUAUAUUUAGAUUUUACAAUAAGAACAAAGAAUCAUCCUUAAAGAAACAUAAUACUGUAAUGUAAACAAAGAAUUUUUAAUAUGUAAUCAUUUUUUAGUCUCCCAAGAGAAUGUGAAUAUUCAUAUGUAAAGUAU